AUGGGGGAGACCAAGCGGAAAGACAAGGCUCCUUUCCUUGCAGCACUUCGUUUGCUGGCAUUGCUGCACAAUGGAAGAGAGAGGCUUGUGUGCGGGGAUCGCCCCGCGCCGCUCUGGGUGCUGCUGCCCUGGUGCGCGGCGCUGGCGGGCGCCGACAACGCGAGCCAGGCGUACUACACGGCGCUGCUCAACGUCACGGUGCUCAGCCCCGAGCGUGGCGGCCCCGCGCUGCUGCGCCUCGACCGCGGCCGCUACGGCCAGGACUCGCCCAAGGUGGAGGUCAGGGGCCUGCUCGUGGCCCCCGGGCCCAUCAACGGAGUUGCAGAUCGUUUGGGCUGUGAUCCACGAACUCGUUUCAAUGUUCCACCAAACACCAAGCAGUGGAUUGCCUUGCUGCAACGAGGAAAUUGUACUUUUAGAGAGAAAAUAUUGCGAGCAGCUUCACACAAUGCCACAGCAGUGGUCAUUUACAACAAUGUGUCCAGUGAAGAGCCCGUCACUAUGACCCAUCAAGGAACUGGGGACAUUGUUGCUGUGAUGAUUACAGAGUCAAAGGUGAAGGAGAUCCUGAAUUACUUGGAGAAGAACAUUUCUGUCUUGAUGGCAAUAGCAGUCGGAGCUCGCGUUCCUCCAAAGAAUUUCAGUCGUGGCUCUCUGGUCUUUGUGUCAAUAUCAUUCAUCGUUUUGAUGAUCAUUUCUUCAGCAUGGUUAAUAUUUUACUUCAUCCAAAAGAUUAGGUACACAAGUGCACGUGACAGGAACCAGCGUCGCCUUGGAGAUGCCGCCAAGAAAGCCAUUGGCAAACUGGCAACCAGGACAGUAAAGAAGGGUGAUAAGGAAACGGACCCAGACUUUGAUCAUUGUGCUGUCUGCAUUGAGAGUUACAAGCAGAACGAUGUUGUCCGCAUUCUGCCAUGCAAGCAUGUUUUCCACAAAGCCUGUGUGGAUCCUUGGCUAAGUGAGCACUGUACCUGUCCCAUGUGUAAACUGAACAUUUUGAAGGCACUGGGAAUUGUGCCAAACGUGCCGUGCACAGAUAACGUAGCUUUUGACAUGGAAAGACUCACCCGAGGCCAGCCACCCAACAGACGAUCAGCACUUGGUGACUUUGCCAAUGACAGUUCGCUCAGCCUUGAGCCUUUGCGCACAUCUGGCAUGUCACAGCUUCCACAGGAUGGGGAACUGACCCCACGGUCAGGGGAGAUCAACAUUGCUGUAACAAAAGAAUGGUUUAUUAUUGCCAGUUUUGGCCUCCUCAGCGCCCUCACACUCUGCUACAUGAUCAUCAAAGCUACAGCUAGCUUGAAUGCUAAUGAAGCAGAAUGGUAUUGAAGGAAAUGCUUUUGGACUGGUUGCCUUGGAAAGACCCACCUUUUUAUGCAUCAUGUAUUGAUCCACACAGCACAAGCAGUUAUAUUUACUAUAUUUUAUUUUUCCUAAAAUUUGCUGAUGCCAAAGCUUUGUAUUAAGGAAACAAUGAAGAAAUAAAGGACUUUAAUUACGAAAACUUUA